GUUGACGUCGCGUGCAGCAGGACGGAAGCGCGGGCAGCUGAUGAUCUAUCGCUACAGCACAGCGGUUCAGCGUUAUGAGCGCAUCGGGAUCAAAGCGCGCCGCGAUUAUCGCGCUGCUGGCCGCGGUUUGCGGCGUCUGCCAAUCGCUGUUUCCCCGGGAAUCUUCCAGCAGAGAAGUGAAAGAUGUGAGCGGGCUCUGGAGCUUCAGAGCGGAUCUCUCUCCGGACCGGAACCGCGGCUUCGAGCACGAGUGGUUCAAGAGUCCACUGGCCGAGACGGGUCCUGUGAUUGACAUGCCUGUGCCCUCCAGCUACAACGACAUCACACAAGAUGUCAGAAUCCGGGAUUUUAUUGGUUGGGUGUGGUACGAGAGGGAAGUGUGGGUGCCCGAGCGCUGGAUCCAGGAUCAGGGAACACGGAUAGUUUUUCGAGUGGGAAGCGCACACUAUUACGCUGUGCUUUGGAUAAACGGGGUUAAGAUGACAGAACACGAGGGCGGUCACCUCCCCUUCGAGGCCGACAUCAGCAGCGUUCUGCGGCAGUCUUCCUCAAACCCGUGCCGGAUCACCAUCGCCGUGAACAACACAUUGACCUUACAGACUCUACCACCAGGAACCAUCCAAUACAUGACCGACCGGACCAGAUAUCCUGCUGGCUACUUUGUUCAAAACACUUAUUUUGAUUUCUUCAACUACGCUGGAAUACACCGAUCCGUCCUGCUUUACACCACACCGCAGGUUUAUACCGAUGACAUCACCGUGGAGACGUCAUUCUCUGAUAACGUGGGGCUGGUCAGUUACAAUGUCUCUGUGCUGGGAAGUUUUAAGUCUACUGUGAAAGUGACACUGUCCACAAAAGAUGGACGAUGUGUGGCCUCAGCCAGCGAGAGCAGAGGAGUUCUCAAAGUCAUGGAUGUCAAUCUCUGGUGGCCGUAUCUGAUGCAUGAAAACCCCGCUUAUCUGUAUUCAAUGGAGGUUCAGGUUACCGCUGAGGACGGACAGACAGACUUUUACACUCUUUCAGUGGGGAUUCGCACUGUAAAAGUCACCAGCACACAGUUUCUUAUCAACAACAAACCGUUUUACUUCCAGGGGGUCAAUAAACACGAAGACUCAGAUAUUCGGGGUAAAGGGUUCGAUUGGCCUCUGCUGGUGAAGGACUUGAAUCUGAUGAAGUGGUUGGGAGCAAACUCGUUCCGCACCAGUCACUACCCGUACGCUGAAGAGGUCCUGCAGAUGGCCGACCGUCAUGGCAUCGUGGUUAUAGAUGAAUGUCCUGGAGUCGGUAUCAAAGACAUACGCAGUUUCGGGAACGUUUCACUGGCUCAUCACCUGACGGUCAUGAAGGAGCUGGUACGACGCGAUAAGAAUCAUCCCUCUGUGGUCAUGUGGUCUGUGGCCAAUGAGCCGGCGGCUGAAAUGCAACCCGCUGGAUUUUAUUUCAAGGAGCUCGUGUCUUACACUAAAUCAUUGGACUCGACUCGACCCGUGACCUACAUCACCAACAGCAACUACGCCAGAGAUCAAGGGGCCCCCUACGUGGACGUGAUCUGUGUGAACAGCUACUUCUCAUGGUAUCAUGACCCCGGUCACCCAGAGGUCAUCAGUAUCCAGCUUAACACUCAGUUUGAUAACUGGUUCGGAAAAUACCAGAAACCCAUAAUACAGAGCGAGUACGGAGCAGACGCCGUGUCGGGCCUGCACAGCGACCCGCCCAUGAUGUUUACAGAGGAAUAUCAGAAAAUAGUCCUGCAGAACUACCACGACGUGUUCGACCAGAAGAGGAAAGAGUUUGUGAUUGGAGAACUCAUUUGGAAUUUCGCUGACUUCAUGACGGCUCAGAACAUUAUGCGGGUGGUGGGGAAUAAGAAGGGAAUCUUUACCCGUCAGCGGCAGCCCAAAGCCGCAGCUUUUCUCCUGAGAGAGCGUUACUGGAGGAUCGCCAACGAGACGGGUGUGUUGCCUACCUGGACCAGAUACCCCUGCCCAUGAGCUCGUCUUGUACCGUGAGAGAGAUGAAUGGUGAAAUGACUGUAUCUGAAGUGAAAGAUGUGACUUAUUAUACCUGCACAUGUGAAUUGUGUUCUGAAGUAUUAAAAUGUUGUUUCUUA